CCUACACAACUUGCACUGGGAAGCCGUAACGUGAACCAGCAAGAGAGGCAGGUUUUUCUUUUUUUUCUGGUUUCCCUUGAAGCAAGAAGUGUAACAGCUUGGAAAGCAAAGAUAGAGGACAUGUUUAAUUAGAGAGGGUAAUUUGGGGUAACAGAAGGAGGAAAUGGAGCAUUAGUUUUGUCAAGAAAGCCUCAAGCGUUUGCUCAGCCCGGGGUGAGUAAUGGACUGUGUUUCUUUAAGCUUUAUCCUGCUUUUCAGUGCAUUUUUGGUGAACUGAGGCUUUUACAGCCCUGGGAUGGGCUGGGCGAGCCAGAGGCAGCACAGGUGGGAGAGGCUGAGCUUUUCCUGAUGGGAGGAGAUGGAUGAGUGGAGACUGAGCAGGACACAGAACUGUCCCUUUUCUAAAAUGAGUUGGAAAAACACUCAGCAUUUGGAGCAGUGUCCUGGCUGGGGCUUGUGGGCACUUUCCCCGCCCAGGGCAAGAGCUGACCACCCCAAAAACGCUGCUCGCCUUCAAAGGAGGCCCCUACAGUAAAAGACAGCACCAGGAAUGAUGUCUGAGCACCCCACAGCUACCACGAGGAGAUUAAAAAGAAUCACAGAGCAGAUUUCAACACAAACUAAGAAGCACGGAAGUAUUCUACACGUGAAUGGCACUCCAGCAGCACUGCCCCAUACCCCACAACCAUUUAACACUCGAGACAGUUGAUUUUCUCUCAGCUCCUGUGUUUUUCGCCCCGGUUGCACAGGGCAGAGGCCCCGAGGUCACCAUGCCCAGGAGGGCACGGCCGCAGCGGCGCCCGGGCGAGAGCUACGAGGAGCGGAGCGAGCGGAGGCAGGAGGCCAGGGAGGGGAUGUGCCACAGGAGCAAUGUCACCUCCUGCCGCCACCCGGCCCGGCCAGCCCCGCGACCACCGCACAGCCCCCGCCAAAGGGAGUUCCUCAGGAGGAGGAACCUGCCCGGAGAGCCUGGGGAGACCCUGCCGGGACAGGAGCCCCAGGCACGAACCCCUCCCGAGCCUGGACCAAGCAUCCUGCUCCAGGUACAGCCCCUGCCCCCAGCCUGUCCCGGGGAGACACUGACUCCAGCUGCCCUCUCGUUCCAGCGCCCCAGGAGCUGCCCCACGUUCCCCCCUGCUCAGUCCCUGCUGAGCCUCAGCAGCCCCCGGGGACGAGGGGACUCUGUCAACACCCAAGGAACCCAGACCCUCCCAAAGGCCAGCUCAGCGGUGAAAGACUCGAGCCAGCAGACAGACUGGGGAAUUGCAGUUUUAAAUAAGGAAAUGGUGCAGCUCUCCAACUACCUGAAGGAGGCCCUGCACCGCGAGCUGCUGCUCAAGCAGAAGAUGGUGAUUUUACAGGAGCUUUUGUCCACUCUGCUCCAGGCAUCAGAGAAAUCCUGGCAGGGACAGCUGAAUGAAGACAAACUGAGGUGUAAACUACGGGUGCUGGAAAAUCAGCUGCAGGCCUGCACCCAGAGUUACUCAAAGGAGUGUGUGAAGAAGAUCCUGAUAGAGAUGGAGGACCAGAAGCAGACCUAUGAGGAGAAGGCAAAAGAGGCUCUUCAGAAGAUGCUGGAGGACAAACUCCAAACAGAGCAGCAGCUGCAAAACUCUCAGAGAAGCCUGGCAGAGACACGAGAGGACCUUGCCUUCUGGAAAGAGCACGACGCCACACUCAAAGCCGAACUGACCAGGGUGACUACAGCACACAGCGAGCUCAAAAACAGCUUCCAGGCUUUACAGAGUGAGCUCCAGCGGGUGGACGCGCAGAACGAGCGGCUGAGCCGGGAGCUGCGGGCUCUGCGUGAGGAGCACACGGAGCUGCUGCACAGAGCCAGCACCCUGCGCAGUGACAACGACCUCCAGGCCAGCCACAUCCACCACAUCCAAGAUAAAUUGCAAAAAGAACAAGAGCAGAAGGUAAUGCUGGAGGAAACAAUCAGCCAUUUGCAGAACUUGAUCCACAAACAGAACAACCAGAGGAAGAGCCAGGAGGUGACGGUGCAAAGGAAAGACCAGGUUUUCAUCACACAGACCCCACCUCUCACUCCUGCCAAGGAAAAGCAAAACGCUCUGUUAGAGCUCCCCGAGGAGGAGGGAACAGAAAGUCUGCAGGAUGAGAUGCAGAGAAGGACAUCCCAGCUCACAGCAAAGGAGAACGAGGUACCCCAGGACGCUCAGGCAGCGGAGCUGGGCCGUGUCCGGCUGCGGGUGCAGCGCUGCAGCCACUGCGGCAGCCCGGCCACCCCGGGUGCGCACAGACCCCAGGGGACCCCUCCUGCUAAGGGCCCCUUGCUGUGCUUGCAGUGCUCGGAGCUGCGCUCGGAGCUGGAGGCGCUGAGCGAGGAGUACCAGUCCUGCCUGACCCGGCUGCGCCAGUGCCGCGCCGAGCUCAACCGCUCCCAGGGCAGCCAGGCACAGAGACAGAGCGGUCCCUGGAUCCCUCUCCUGGUGGCAGUGGCAGCAGUGGCCAUCGCCACCUUCCUGGCGAGUUACAGGCUGUGAAGGAGCUCCCUGAUGACUGACUUCACUGCAGGAACUGACCUCUGCUUCCCCAAAACCUGACCUCACCUUCUGCUGUUCUGCAUGUGCACGCUGGGUUCGUAUCCUGAGCUGGUCUCACUCCAGACAAGUCCCAGUGACCACGGGGACAUAAUCCCUUCCUCGGGCUGCUGUGGUUACUCUGUUCCUGUAGCCAAGCCUGCUCUGAGCUGCACUGCCCAGUCCCUGGGGCACGGAGGGACAAAGCCCCACUGGCCACUGCUGCAGUGGCUUGCACAGGGCACACAUCCAGUCUGCCUGGCUUCUAUGCCCCCCAAUUUCUCCUUCUGUAUUUAUUGAGCCCCUAAAUGGGAGGUACUCAAUCCUGGGCCAUCCUUACUCUUACCUGACAAAGACACCCAGCUCAAGGGGGCUCUUUAGCACAGUCCCCUCCUGUAUCCUGAGCAAUUCUCCCACCCCACACCCACCAGGCCCUGUUCUUGCAGCCUCCAGCCUCUCUUGUGGCCGAGAUUCCCACAGCAACCCUGGCUUCCCUUCCAGCCCUACAUGAAUUCAUCAGAGACAGGGGUUUAAAGUCCCUUUUGGCAGCUGCACCGUGCAGGUUUUACAGCAGCACUUGCCCCUUGCUCACAUGCAGGCUCAGGCACAACACAGGCCACGACACCACCUCACACGGGAAGUAAAUAGACAUGAAAUACACACAACAUACACCUAGUAAAUACACACGGAGCCUACAAUAAACUUCACUAAUUCAAAGCA